CAAAACAGCUGUUUAAGUCAUCUAAGUUGGCCAUAUUAUGCUAUUCAAUCUGCAUUCUGCAGUGCCUCUGACUGUAACUAAAUUUUAUUGAAUUUAGAUUACGUUUUCCAUCUUCUGAAGGAGUUUAAUAAAUUCUGCGUCCACCACAGAUGUCUUCCAAAUAACUUACAUUCCUGCAUGAACUAUUCCUGCACUUGUUUUUCAACUUAUUAGAUCACAAUGAUUUUGGUAAAUAGACUUUGGUUUGUCUGUAGAACUAACAAAUACCCCAUGAAAGUAUUAUGGUCUGCAGGUAAAGGAGAGAGAGUUAUACUUGAUAACUCAAAAAUAUAUUCCGUACUAUUGUGCAAACAGUGUGUUCAAAACUUUUCCAAAUCAGUGUCUGUACAGUCAAGCAAGCAUUUACCAUUUUCAAGGGUAUUUUCCGGUUAUGUGCGACAUGUGCUGCAAUGUAUUAGAAGACCAAAAUCAACUAAUGCUAACAGUGCGCCGUUGAAAAGCUCUGGAAACAAAAGUGAAAAAUUAGAAGCAUCAAAAAUAAGUAAACAAGAGUUCAAAAGACUUCUCGGUCUUGCAAAACCCGAGAGAUGGAAACUGGCAGGUGCCAUAGUGCUGCUCCUUGUGUCCAGUACUGUGACCAUGGCUAUUCCCUUUGCUUUGGGCAAAGUAAUCGAUAUUAUCUAUACAGAAGAUUCCCAAAACAGAUGA